GCAAAAAAAUGCAUUUCAUUCCUGUUCCCUUCAAACAAUGCCUAAUUGGGUUUUCUAAAGAUUUGGUUUUGGAGAAGAAAACUCUCGAGCCUUCUUCCCCUGGGUUGUCCUUGAUUUGACACAUUUUAUAACCACAAGGGAGCAGUCUUUCUUUUGAUGAGGUCUUCCCUCCACCUCCCCAGAAAUGAAAGAGCAAGUGUAAGUUUGCAAACAAUCUAAAAGCCCUUUCCAUUAGCGCUGGACGCCGGAAACCACAAAGGGCAGUUCAAGUUUUGAUUUUCAAGGAGAAAGCCUCUGGUAAACUUUCGCUCAGCCGCCAGGAGGUCUGUUGGUUCCUGGGAGGAGCUCCUCUGAAUCCUUGAAGAUUCCUGUGCUCUUGAAGACCCAGAUCAGUGGAUUACAGUAAUUGUAAACCUUAGGUGGCGUCGGAAGAUUACUCUGUUUGGUGUGCGCUCACAUUUCCAGGCUAGGGGACGGAGCGGAGGAACCCCUUUUGUUAUUUUUUGAAAGAAGAAGAUCAGAGAGGAAGACGGGGUUUUGAAGUGUGGAUUAGCGCUCCUCAAUCUUCGCCUAGCACCUCCGUCUGGAACUUUAUAAAGAGAUCGAGGAGUGCAGUGAAUUUACGAAAUCAUGCAAAGUUUCCUUGAAGCCUGUUCUGGAACGUAGCUUCUGGACCAGAAACUUCUCCCAAAACAGACCUUCUGCGCCAGGCAGUCUGAAUGGACCGUCUUCUCAGCUUUGAAGAUUUGCAACCUUAUUCUCUGUUGACAGACUAACUUCUUGGGUGAUCUGUUGGCUUGGCGGCGAAGGAUGGAGAAACGGAAACCAGCCGGACUGCUGACCUUGCCGUACCACCUCCACCCGGUGCCCCUGAGCCUGCCAGGGACCCUGUCCCGCCUCCCUCUGAGGGACCCUUUCAGGGUCCCCUUGCAUGUGGAUGACGCGUGCUGCGCCCGGAGACGACCCUACCUGCCCCUGCCGCUGGACGGCGCCUUCGAGCCCGCCUUUCUCCGCAAGCGCAACGAGCGCGAGCGGCAACGCGUGCGCUGCGUGAAUGAAGGGUACGCGCGCCUCCGAGACCACCUGCCGCGGGAGCUGGCCGGCAAGCGCCUCAGCAAGGUGGAGACACUCCGCGCCGCCAUCGGCUACAUCAAGCACCUCCAGGAGUUGCUGGAGCUCCAUGCGCAGGGGCAGGAGGCCCCAGCCGGCCCUCCGCGCAGGCCCGAAUGCAACAGCGACGGCGAGUCCAAGGCCUCCUCGGUGCCGUCGCCCUGCAGCGAGCCCGAGGAAGGGGGCAGGUAGCGAGCACCGGCACCCCCGCCGGGUCCCGGGCGCCCGUUGCACUGCGCGCCUUUGCAGCCUGGUCUAAGGGUCUCUCUGAAGGUGGUUGCAUUUUUAAUCUGGUUGUUCCUCCAGGGGGGAAAAAUCGUAGGAAAAAGAAAUUAGUACUUUAAGGGGAAAAUGAUAUUCUGACAUUCUGGUUGGAUUUUUUCCAUUUUAUUGGCUGUGUGCCUGCAAUUUAAAGGUGCUUAUUCAGGAAACUCUUCUGUACUUCUCCAAUGCAAACUGCACCAGAUUCGGAGCACCUCAUUCUAAAAACUCAAAGGGCAGUGACAGUGGGAAUUUCCCGCCGUCAUUGGUGCGUAACUAAUGUACAUAAAUACUGAAAUAAACCCAACCUUAACCGAAGAAGAACUUUCCAAAAAUAAAUAAGUAAAUGGCAGUUGUUAAGAUGA